UCUAAAUCUCCACUGAAUAUCAAAUCGAGAAAAUGGCAAGAAUAUCAAAUUGGUCUCUUGUCUUCCUCCUCAUCUCUACACUACUCCACAUAGAGCCCAGCCUCUCAAGCCCAAGCCCAAGCCCAAGCCCAAGCCCGUUCAUAAAAUCCUCCUGCAGCAGCACCCAGUACCCAGCCCUCUGCGUCUCAUCCCUCUCCGUCUACGCCUCCAGCAUCCAACAGGACCCUCACCAACUGGUUCAGACAGCACUCUCCCUCUCCCUGAACCGCACCCAAGCCACCAAAACCUUCGUGGCUAACUGCAACAAAUUCAGAGGCCUGAAACCCAGAGAGCACGCUGCACUCAAGGACUGCGCCGAGGAAAUCAGCGACAGCGUUGACCGCCUCAGCCGGUCGCUGAAGGAGCUCAAGCUAUGUAAGGUUAAGGGUGAGGACUUCACGUGGCACAUUAGCAACGUGGAGACAUGGGUCAGUUCUGCUUUGACCGAUGAGAGCACUUGCGGCGAUGGAUUCUCCGGGAAGGCGCUGAAUGGGAAGAUCAAGGACUCUAUUAGGGCUAGGAUGCUCAAUGUUGCUCAGGUUACUAGCAAUGCUCUCUCGCUUAUUAACCACUAUGCUGCACAACACUAGUUGGGAACAAUGAUCUUGGUUGCUUAAUGCUUUACUUUUCUUCUUUUAUGUGCUCUAUGUAAUUAUUAUAUAUGUGAGUCUUUAUAGAUAUAUGGAUCUUCUCAUGCUUCUUAAAUGUGAAAUAUGACGUUGUGUUUUUCUAUGAUUAUAUUUUCCUCUCUACUUCUCAUUGAUCGAUUAUGGACGAAUGCCAAUCGAAAUUAGUAUAUCAAUGAAGUCUUCUGUUUACAUUAA